AUGGACUUCAACUUCGAACGGCUCCAGCCAUGUGAAGAACCCUUCUAUGACAUCAUCCCCGGCGAAGGGUCCUACCCGAUUGGCCGAGUUCUUCUGCCAGUCACCUUUGGCACUCAAGCCAACUACCGCACGGAGUACCUCACAUUUGAGGUGGCAAACUUCAAGACUUUUAACCAUACCAUCCUUGGCAGGCCCAUACAGGUGAGGUUCAUGGUGAUCCCACAUCACAUCUACCUCGUCCUCAAGAUGACGACUCCAAAUGGAGUCCUUUCCGUCUACGGUGAUAUCGAGACAUGGUACAAGUGCAACACCAAGGCAGUUUAG